AUGCCGAGCAGAAGCUUCUCCAAUCAGAACAAGGAAAAAGAAGAAAGAGACAGGAAGGAAAUUGCUAACAAGGAUGAGCAACACCUGAAGAUUGUAAAUGCUAAUAGGGAGGAACGACAUGGAAAGUUCACAUCUUUCAAAGGAAAAAAUGAAAAUGAGCACGAAUUGAAAGUGGCGAAAGGUAAUGUGUUGGUUGUACCGACUCAGGCGAUACCAUAUUAUGACAAGUAUGACAAUGCUACAGACAGUUCAAGUGAAUACUCGGAGGUAUAUGGAUUUUCGUUUCCACUAUAAGG